AUGGAUCUCUCGAGUCUUCGGGUCAAGGAGCUGACGGAGAUCUGCCGCAGCUUUGGCAUUCGCACAAGUGGCCGCAAGGCAGAAUUGGUAGAACGGAUAAAGGCCAAUGCCACUUACCAAGCGGACGUGACGGCGCUGGCCAAGAUGGGCAUUAACAACGAGCAGCAAAAGAGUCAUAAUGGCACUAAAAGAAGCUUAAGCUACACUUAUACAGACAGCAACAAAAAGCAGAAAAACGGACAGGAGGACAAUGUUGCAAUCGACGCAGUAUUUGAGCGGUUCUUAGAUCCAGACGCGGAAGAGGCAUCAAUCACGGACGAUGGGAUUCUAGCAUUUUGUGAUGCAGUGGGAAUCGAUGCUCAGGACCCGGUGAUGUUGGCUCUAAGCUGUGCAAUGGAAGCUGAAACCAUGGGGGUGUAUACACGCACCGAGUUUCGACGCGGAAUGCACAAGUUGCAUUGUUACUCGAUUGAAGAUUUACGUGGUAAACUUCCGACUUUACGUAAUCAGAUGCGUGAUCGCACCCAGUUCUCUACUAUUUAUUCGUUUACAUUUGGGUUUUCAAAAGAUUCUGCUCAGAAGAGUUUAGCGCUAGAGCUGGCUGUAGGACUUUGGGAACUUUUGCUUCCCGGGCAUUUCCACUGGCACCACCAUUGGAUGCAGUACGUUCGAGGAAAUUCGCGCGGUGUCGUAUCGAAAGACCUGUGGCUUCAGGUGCUGGACUUUGGCCUCCAAAUUAAACCGGACUUAAGCAACUUCGAUGAGAAUGGAGCAUGGCCCGUGCUUCUGGACGAUUUCGCAGCGCACAUGCGGGAACUCAUUACCAAGAAGGGACUUCUAGUCGUACAACAGGAAGAGGAUACCAUGUUUACAGAAACUGAUAAAACUGACGACACCGAGAGCAUGGUUGUGGAUGAAUAG